CUCAUCAUCAUCAUCGUUGUCUUCGUCGUCGUCAGUCGUCCUCUCAUCAAGCCUUCCCCCUUACGAGUAUAUAAAGAGCGCCUAAUCGUCCGCGAAGCUUCUCAGUUCGACGAAGACUUGCGGCUUAAUCGUCGAGCUUUUCUUACGCUGGGGACGAGUGAAAUUUCGGUGCGAUUAAUUUUCUGAAUGCAUCGUUAAGCUCAAAGCAUGAUAUGACGAGAUACGGCAGUCCGAUUUGUGGGAAAGUCAUGUCCUGAGAUCAGCUGGCAAAAUCAGAAAGCUCUCUCCGCGCAGCUGCUGCCCACCACAGGAAAUACACACUUGGUUGGACAUAUAUUAUAAGUAGGCGCAUACCAUAAGACCAAUUCGAAAGCUAACGAGCCUCGACGUCCGAGAAAAAGAAGAUAAAGAGAGAGAGACAGCCAGACAGAUACAAGAGAAGAUGACAGCAGUAAACCCGAGGACGAUGAUGAUAAUGACGGCGAUGACGCGAAGAAGAAGAGGACAGUCGUCGUCGUCGUUAGGUCGUCUCGCCCUUUUACUAUGCCUCGCGCUGAUCGCGACCACGUCGGUGGGCAGGGCCGAGGUGCAAUUCGACGCGCCACCUCACAUCGUCGUCUUCAUGGCCGACGACUUGGGAUGGAACGACGUGGGCUUUCACGGCUCCACUCAGAUACCGACGCCCAAUAUCGACGCGCUCGCCUACAACGGCAUCAUCCUGAACAGGCACUACGUCCAGCCGUCUUGCACGCCGACGAGGGCCGCCUUCCUCACCGGCAAAUAUCCCAUUAGGAUGGGAAUGCAGGGUGGCAGCAUACUCGGUGGCGAGCCGCGCGGAAUACCCCUGAACGUGCGAAUCCUGCCGGAGUAUCUUCAAGGAUUGGGCUACGACACCAAGCUCAUCGGCAAGUGGCACGUGGGCUAUCACACUCCCCAGCACACACCGAAUCGCCGUGGCUUCGAUUACUUCCUCGGCUUUUACAAUAGCUACGUCGGCUAUUACGAUUAUCGAUACUCACAGGCGAACAUGUCGGGCUUCGACAUGCACAUGAACGAUCAUCCGGCCUACGGCACCGAGGGCUCGUACGCCACGGACCUGUUCACCGACACGGCCUUGGACGUGAUAACCCGACACGAUCCGAUGAGGCCGCUCUACAUGCAGAUAUCGCACUUGGCGCCCCACGCCCCGCUCGACGUGCCCUACGAGAACGUCUUCGACGAGGAAUUCCGACACAUUAGCGAGCCCAAUCGUCGAGCUUACGCGAAGAUGGUAUCGAAACUGGACGAAUCGCUGGGUCGAGUCGUAUCGUCGCUGGGCGAUCGCGGCAUGCUGAGCAAUUCGAUCAUCUUAUUCCUGACCGAUAACGGCGGCGCACCGAUCGGUAAAUUCCGCAACUGGGGCUCCAACUGGCCACUCAGAGGAACCAAGUACACCCUGUACGAGGGCGGAGUGCGAGGCGUCGCCGCGAUCUGGUCGCCGCGUCUGCUCAGCAAGGGCCGCGUCUCGGACCAGCUGAUCCACGUGACCGACUGGCUGCCGACCCUGUACUCCGCGGCGGGUGGCGACCUGCGCGAUCUCGGGCCCAUCGACGGCGUCAAUCAGUGGGACGUGCUGAGCAUCGGCACCGGCAACGUGCGCGACAAGAUCCUCCUCAAUAUCGACGAGGUGACCAAGACCGAGGCGGCGAUCUAUCAGCGCUUCAAGCUGGUGCGCGGCUCGCUCUUCAAGGGCUACUACGACAGCGUCGAGGGCGAGACGGGCCGGGGACGCUACGCGCCCAUCUACAACACGACCAAGAUCAAGAACAGCGCCGUGUCCGACGCCAUCAGGCAGCAUCUGGGCGUGCCGGUGACCCAGGAGAGCGGCAUGUGGCAGCUGCAGAGCCAGGCCACGGUUUUAUGCAGGCCCAACAUGACCAACACGCACUACAACAAUCGCUACAGUCUGGCCUCGUGCAACGAGACCGAGUGCCUGUUCGACCUCAGCGUCGAUCCUUGCGAGACCAACAACAUCGCCAAGAGCUAUCCAAGGUGGAUCAACGAGCUGGACCUGUACCUCGAGAAGUACGGUAACGUCAUGGUGCGGCAGCUGCGCCAGUCCGUGGACUACAUGGCCGAUCCGCGACGCUGGAAUUACACGUGGCAGCCCUGGCUGAGCGUCUACGACAGCGUGUACGCGUAUCCGAACGCGGCGGCGGCCAUCGGCACCUUCGCCGUGUGCGCCCACAUGGGCCUGGUGCUGCUCAUCGUGUCGCUCAGGGCCUUCAUUUGACUCCAGGAUUAUCGGCAGAACUGCAGG